AUGGGGUUAAUCAUCGGACUUUUAAAGAGAAUAUUUAAAUUGUUAAUAUACUUUGGAAUAUUUGUAGCAAUUGUGCUUGUUAUUCCUAAUCUGCCCCCCUAUACAAAGUUCACGGAAAUAAAGGUUGAACCAACUCUGCCAAGAACCGGUGUAUUAUCGCCCAAUGGAGCUUUAAAUAACGCACAGAAAUUAUUUACCGGAAAAAUAAUAGGACCUGAAGCGUUCCGCAUAUUUAAUAAUGAACUUUACACUGGACUUGCGACUGGCGAAGUAGUAAAGAUUUCCCCUAGUGGUCAUAUAACAUUUGUUACCAAAAUAGGCCAGCCUUGCACUGGCCUUUUUCAAGAACAUGUUUGUGGACGCCCACUUGGAUUAGAUAUAGACGAAAAAAAUAAUUUGUUGUAUGUGGCCGAUUCAUAUUAUGGCAUAUGGAAAGUUAAUCUAAAGACUGAGAAGAAACAGUUGCUGGUUUCACCUAAUGUAGAAAUAGAUGGUAAAAAAGUAAAAACUUUUAAUGGUGUCACUUUGGACAAAAAUGGCAACCUUUACUGGACACAUUCAUCAAGUGAUUUUGAUUUGAAGGAUGGUGCAAUGACAUGUCUUGCUGAUCCAUCUGGGCGGUUACUGUAUUAUAAUUCAGCAAAAAAUCAAAGUGAAGUUCUACUUGACAAUCUUUGGUUUGCUAAUGGUGUGGCAAUUUCACCAGACAAUGAAUUUGUGCUUGUUGCUGAAAGUGGUCAUUAUCGAAUAAAAAAAUACUUUAUUAAUGGACCAAAGAAAGGAAAGUCUGAAGUGUUUGUAGCAGGGUUACCAGGUGUCCCUGAUAACUUCAGAGUCCUGCCUGAUGGUUCAGGAAUUCUCGCUGCAUUGUAUGUGGUUAUUGAUGAUGAAACUCCGCUCAUAAUGCCACCACCUCUAAAGAAAGCCUUUUCAAAGAGAGAAUAUCCAAGUGCUCCUACUAAAACAAACCAGGAAGCAAAGAAAAUACCGCCCUCCCCUAAAACUGAAUCCAUUACCACAAAUAAAGUGGUAAAAGAUAAAGUUAAAGUGGUGGAAAUUAAAGACAUUCCCCAGGCUGCUAAGCCUUCAGUACAAAACACACCACUAUCUAAUAAGCAAAUAAAGAUCAAUCAAGGAAUGACUGGGGGAAAGAAAGAAGAUAUAGAAAAAUCGAAAGCGAUAGAAACUGAAGCGAAAUCAAAACCAGUUGAAAUAAAGCCAAUCAAAAAAGAAACAGAGACCAAACCUAAACCAGUAAAAACACAAACUAUAAAACAAAAAACAGAAAGCAAAUCCAAACCUAUUGAAACAAAAACAAUUAAAGAAGAAGCCGAAAUCAAGACAAAAUCUGGUGAAACUAAAACAGAAAACCAAAUCAAACCUAAGUCUAUACAAUCGAAAGAAGUCGAAAAUAAGAAAGCACCGAAUGAUAAAACACCUACAACUGAACAGGAUAAUGUUAAAAUAGCAAAAGAGACUAUUAAUUUAAAUAAAAAGGUAGAUGGGACUCAAAAAUUGGAUAAAGACCCUAAACAAAAACAUGAGAAACAGAAUAAUAUUAAGUCAAAACCAGUUAAAGUGCCUCAUGACAAGUUAUCAGAACCCAAGUUUGAAGCAAUAAAAACUUCUACUGAGAAACCAAAUGUGCACAAAGUACAACCAAAGCCUACACCUGACCAAAUUCCAGUGAGAGAGGAUAUUCCCUCAGAGCGGAUUAAGCCUCCUAAAGAAACAUUAAAAGUAAUUAAAAAGAGUGGACCAGUUGAAAUCCCUAAUCCUAAU